CUUACCACUUACCUGGCUUAGAUGCAUGUGACAUAUGGAUAAAUACCUAGUACUAAAAAACUUAAAGGUCGUAUUGUACCUGACAUUAGUUAAUCCUCAAAAAGACUAAACCACAUGUGCAUUCAUUAAUUCCCCAUCUCCAACUAAAGCCCGGCCCCGGAAGUCAACGUCAACCAUCCCCGUUGUUGUAUCGGCCAGACACGGCCUUGAUAAUCAGACAGAAUUAAGUACAUCAAGUUCAGCAAAGGAAAGGAAAAAUAGAAGGAGGGAAAAGGGGGGGAGAAAGGAGAAAGGAGAGGAAAAAAAAAAAAAGGAGAAACAAAACGAUGCCUACCAGAAUACCUAAACCGGAGGACUUCAACCAUUUAUCAGCCUCAUUGCAUAUAUCACUGGUAUUUCCCGAAGUCCCAGAAACCACAACCGCCAUUCUUAUCCUCUUUCACGGCCUCGGAGAUUCAGAUGUAUCUUUCGCUACAUUUGCUAAGAACUUGAACCUGCCUGGUGUCUUGUCCAUAUCCGUCCGCGGUGUCUCCCCACUCCCACCGACCUUACUCGGCCUUCCGGAUUCUGAUCUCUCUCGCCCAACCAGCCACUUUCACUGGGGGGAUGACUUGACUCUAUCGCCGUCGACCGGGGACUUGGACCCCGAUCCUGGUUUCUCCAAGGCCGAACAGUUAGUACUAGGAAAACUCAUCCGUGAGACACUCGUAGAGAAAUGCGAGUGGGAGACAAAUGACAUCUUGCUCUUUGGCUUCGGUCAGGGAGGCUCUCUGGCUCUCGGCUUGUCGUCAAGGAUUUGCGUAGGUGAGAAGGUUGUCGAUGUCACUGAGAGAGAUGUGGCUACGGGAACGGCGUUCAAGGGGGCCAUAUCGAUUGGUGGCCCCUUGCCUGUGAGCAUGAUACCCACGCUGGGUGCUAGGGAGAAGUCUCGAACCCCAGUCUUAGUAUGUCAUGGCAGGUCCACCGAGUUGCUUGAUGAGGACGCAAUGGAUAGUAUAAAGAAAGAGUUUGUCGACGUGCGAGAAGUCAAAUGGAAGAAGAGCGAUGACAGCAUGCCUAAGAAUAGGGAUGAGAUGCUACCAAUCAUGCAAUUCUUUGCGGAAAGAUUACGCGGGUGGUAGAGCAAACCGUUGCACCGAUCGCUUACUGCUAGAAGAAUGUUAAGUCUCUGCUCCGUGGGCUAUAUUAUACCCUCAUUUACAAAGUUAUAACACAAUACUUAGAGGCUACCUAGGUAGGCUUUAACCUUUCGAUGACCAUCUAUACUAUCAUCUCUUUUGAUGCUCAAGUACUCCUGCGUAGUCCAACCACGUAGUAUGUACAUGUGUCUCUAAGAUAUAUUUAUAUUCUCAAUGUUGCCCAUUCCGGAGCAAACCGGAUACCAAUCUAUGCUCUAUGGCAUACUUAUUUAGCCUAGGCCAAU